AUGGACCCCUUUUGCUACUUGCAUCGUCUGUCUUCUGCCGCUGCAGCAACCAGGAUGGUAGCAUCUGGGCAAAGCAACGACAAGGACCGAAGCUUCCUGAGGGGCACUGUGACCAAUUUUCCCCGUCGUCGUGCCGUUCACCCGCGCUUGUUUUUCCUCGAAGUUCAGGAGGUAUCCGAAAACGCUGAUAUCAGCCGACAUCAUCAUCAAGUUCUCUUCAAACAUGGACAGGGCGGCCACUUCCAAGAUGGCGCUGCUUUGGAAGAUUUGCGAAGAAGUGUUCGUAAGGGUGAUACUGUCGAGAUUGAGGUUGGUCACGAGGAAGCGAACAAGGAUGGCAGCGUCCUGCUUCACGCUGCAUCCGCUUACUUUGUGGCGCUUCAUGUUCAUGGGAACACGGGCAGCUCCUACCAGCUAGAAACUAUAGCACAAGACGACACUGCGCAUGUUUCUUGCGGAUACGGGGAGGGGAAUGACAAUUAG